CGAGAAGCCGCUCGGAGAACACGGGAGAGGGGAAGCUGCGCAUGUGCGGGAGAGAGCCGCCCCUUCCCGUAAUGCUGAGGGAUUGACCAAUAGGAAGAGUGGGAGGACCGGAAGGCCUCUGGUCCUCCAGCCAAUUAGAGCGUGGGCUUUGUGUGAAUGAAGAUUGAGCUUCACACAGACUAAAACUUCCUCCUGUGUCCAACAUCUGGGGGAGGAUUUACAAGCAGAAAUCUGAAAUCAAACAUCACAUCAAGACCUGGCAGAGUCACUCAAUUCAUGGGAACUGAAUAUGAUCAAUCUUUGAAUCUAGACUGAGAGAUCUUUGUCUGUUCUGUGUGCUUCAGAGGAUUUUAAACGUCAGUGCAACUGGAAAAAGCACCGAGACACGCUCACUUGAGUGAAAGUGUUUCCAGUGCACUAACUGUGGAAAGAGCUUUAACCAAUUACACAGCCUGAAAAACAUCAGACCAUUCACAGCAGAGAGAAACUGUUCAAGUGUUCUGUGUGGACACGCUACAGCUGAUUAUCAAACCUGAAGAGUCACGAGGACAUCCACACCAUGGAUAAACCAUGGAAAUGUGAGGACUGUGGGAAGGGAUUUCAGUUUCCAUCUGAGCUGGAAACUCAUCGACGCAGUCACACUGGGGAGAGGCCAUUCACCUGCUCAGAAUGCGGGAAGGGAUUCAGUGGUUCUUCUCACCUGCAGAGGCACCAGCGAGUUCACACCAGGGAGACACCAUUCACCUGCUCGGAGUGUGGGAAGGCAUUCAGUGAUUCAUCCCACCUGCAAACACACCAGCGAGCUCACACGAGGGAGAGGCCGUUCACCUGUCCUGAUUGCGGGAAGGGAUUCAUUCAUUUAUUCCACAUGCGGAGGCAUCAGCAAGUUCACACCAGGGAGAAGCUGUUCACCUGCUCUGAGUGUGGGAAGGGAUUCAGUGAUUCAUCCGCACUGCGGGGGCACCAGCGAGUUCACUUUGGGGAGAGACCCUACAUCUGCUCAGAGUGUGGGAAGGGAUUCACUCGGUUAUCUAGCCUGCAGAUCCACCAGCGAGUUCACACUGGGGAGAGGCCGUUCACCUGCACGGAGUGUGGGAUGGGGUUCACUCAGUUAUCCAGCCUGCUGAGACACCAUGUCACGCACACAAAUGAGAGAGCUUUUAAAUGCUCCGACUGUGGGAGUGGCUUCAAAAGCUCUCAGGUGCUGAUGGCCCACCAGCGCAUUCACACUGAGGAGAGACCUUUCUGCUGCUCUCACUGCGCAAAGAGGUUUAGAACGUCAUCCGACUUGCUGAGACACCAGCGAGUUCACACCGGGGAGAGGCCGUUCACCUGCUCUGUGUGUGGGAAGAGAUUCAGUCAUUCUUCCAACCUGCUGGCACACCAGCGGGUUCACACCGGAAAGUGGCCAUUCAUGUGCUCCAUGUGUGGGAAGGGAUUCAGUCAUUCAUCCACCCUGUUGACACACCAGCGCGUUCACACUGGGGAGAGGCCGUUCACCUGCUCCGAGUGUGGGAAGGGAUUCACUCAGUCAUCCCACCUGCAGACACACAAGCGGGUUCACACUGGAGAGAGGCCAUUCGCCUGCUCCGUGUGUGGGAAGGAAUUCACUCAUUUAUCCUGCCUGCGGAGACACCAGCGAGUUCACAAGUGAUUCCAGGUGUUGGAUUUUGCUGUCAUUGCUGCUGUUAAUCACAUCCAGGACUGAACCAUGUUCAUUCUGACACUGGGUGAAGUGGGAGGGUCGGAGGGUUUCUUUCUGCUGGACUGGCCGGUCUCACG